CUUCCUUCCAUUUCCUGUGGUUCCGCCUUAAAGUGGUGAAAGGGGUGAAGAAUCACUAGCAAGUACAGAGCAGCUGGUGAGGAUAAAUAGAGCACUUUGGACAACAUCAACUCAAGCAAAAUGAAUGAGUCUUAUUACAGUAACGACAUGAACUCAAGUGGAUUUGAUUUCAACAAGACAUACUCAGUGUCUCCAGAGGUGAGGAAGUCUAUGAGGGUGAUUUCUCUGGUCGUCUACAGCCUGACGUUUCUCCUCGGAGUUCCUGGAAACAUUUUUGUUGUGUACAUUGCUGGAAUGAAGAUGAAGAGGACCGUUAAUACAAUAUGGUUUCUCAAUCUAGCGACAGCUGACCUCCUGUGCUGCCUUUCCGUACCGUUCAGUAUGGUGCAGAUCCUUCUUGACCAUCACUGGCCGUAUGGAUCCGUCAUGUGCAAGAUUCUCCCCACUGUUAUAGUUAGUAACAUGUUUGCCAGUGUUUUCAUCUUGAGCUUGAUUAGUCUAGAUAGGUUCACCCAGGUGAUCACACCGGUUUGGGCUCAAAAUCAUCGCAAUUUGUUCCUUGCACGGCUGUCCUGUGUAGUGGCCUGGGUUCUGGCUUUGGUGCUCAGCUUGCCCUUAAUGAUAUUAGGACAUACUUUCACUAAUGAGCAUUUGAACAACACAUAUUGCACGUUUCUUGCUAAUGAAGAAGAUGUGUCAACAUCGGGAUUGUUGAGUAUCAUCAGAUUUGUGUUUGGCUUUUUGAUACCUCUCACAUGCAUCACAUCAUGCUAUGGAAUCAUCGCACGCAAGUUAGGCAGCAGUCAUUUUCACUCUGGCAGAGCGUUUCGCAUCAUGUUGGCUGUUAUUGUGGCAUUUUUUCUGUGCUGGCUGCCGUAUCACAUGGUGGACUUAAUAAUAUGGUACGGAGAGGAUUCAAUUUUUUUAACAGCUUUGGCAGUGGAUCCAUUGGCCAUCUCUUUAGCGUAUUUCAACAGCUGCCUGAACCCCAUUCUGUAUGUUUUCAUGGGGCAGGAUUUUAAGAACAAAGUUAAACUUUCUCUAAGACGUGUUUUUGAAAGGGCUUUCUCUGAGGAAGGAACACAAAUGUCACGAUCCACCCAGUCACAGCAAAUGCACUCAGUGUUGUGAAGAUAUGAACUCAGAGUUUUAUCUGUUUAGGUCAUUUUUCUAUACCAAAUCUAUGCAUACAAGGCUUUUUACUUGCUUUAUAUAUAUAUAUAUAUAAAUUUGUAUUAUUCUCAGAAUCAUUUUCUUUACCAAAAUACUCUUGUAAAGUAUCUUGACAAAAUAUUUUGCCUUUUGUUAUUUGUCUUAAAAAAUGAAACUUAAGAUAUGAAAAAAAAAAAAAAAAAAAAAAACACAAGUAGCUUUUUCUAGCUCUUUUCAGUAGAAGUGUCCACUGUUAUUUUUUUCUUUUGUCAGGAAGUUAUGGAACUCUUAUUUAGAAUGAAACAGAUAUGAUAGAGAAGGAAUAUUGUUUUAUAUUACAAUGAGUUUUUGCCAUUCUUAGCAAUGUUCAGUUUUUGUUGCAUCGCUUUGUCUUUAUUUAUAUGAAUUAUUAAUUAAUAUAAAUAAAUAAUUAUUAUUAAACGUUCAAACUGAUUUUUAAUUUGGACAAAAAGAUUAUACAGUGUUAUAUUUGGGCUGUAUGGAAUACUUUUAACUGGUUAUUGGUGGUUAAAUAUUAAUAAGACUAAGGCUAUCAUUGUCUCAGUCAAAUGUUUUCAUGUCUAGUUUCAUGUAGGCUAUCAAUCUACACUCUCUUUCUUCCCACAUAGCCCAAUAAAUCCAACUCAAUAUUUAAUGUCAUUUAUAAAUAGCUUUGUAUUGGGGUCCUGAAUCAUCAUGUUGGAAUUUACUUUGUGAAGAUGACUGAUUGACUGUAUCUUGUGCUGUUUUGUGCAAAUAAUACUUUUACUUCAAUGCCUGAUAGUUUCCUCUACAAUGCAGGGCAGCAGAAAUUGCUUUCACUUCAAAUAACAUAAAGUCAAUUUUUAGAGUAAAUGAUAAUGGAGAUAAAAUAUGAAACACAAUUGCUUUCUUUAUACAUUACUUUUUUAAAUUCACCAUCUUAAAUCCAUUUGGAUUAUUAUCUGCUGCGCUAGCAGUUUUACGACGUAGCUACAAUCGUUUUUUCUUCUUCUUUUCUUCCAAUUUAACUGUAGUUAACCCCCAGCUCUUAGGUUACUUAAUUUAAUGUUAUGAUAACUAAGUCAUUUAUAUAUUUUUUCGUCAAGCAUAACAUAGGUAACAAUUGCUUCACCUCAAAUAAUCGCGCCAUUCCCUGCGUGACAUUCAGACUUCACCUCAGCGCAAGUCAAACGAGCGCGGAAAAGGUGCAGGUGACGACGAGGGAGCUUCAGUUGAACAACAGUGAAUUGCGGUCAGGCUAUGUCAGUAAAACUCCAAUCAGCCGUUAUACUGUGCUCGCGGCGUGCACUCAAGAAUUGCUCGUGCAAAAGCGCUGGCGCGCGCUGCAAAUGACUUUAUUAUAGCUUAAAUAAAGCGCAAAAGAAACUACGGACAUGCAUUAUUCUGAGGUAAAUUAAGUCUGCCACAAAACUGUGCAUGCAUGUAUGUAUUUGUUGACAUGGUUUUAAAAUUGUUAUCCAAUUUGUUGGCCUGAACGUCUUAAAAUGCACACAUGUAGCCUACCACCAGGGAAAUCUAAAUUUUCUCGGGGGAGCAUGCCCUGUACCCCCCCUAGGAAACUACGUUUUGUACCUCGUUAAUUAUGAAACCCUGAGUACGGCCCGGUUUAUAUUCUAUCUAACUAAAUCAACAGUAAUCGUGUAUUUCUCCAUAUGUGCGCACUUUUGGACUAAAAGUUUGUAUGUGUAGGCUAUGCAUUUUGAUAAAAAAUAGAUGGGGGCAAACGCGAUUGAAUGUAGGUUUGUGUCCUGUUGUUCUAUUAAAAAAAUCAAUAACUACCGAUUGAUUUUGCAUUCCUAUAAGAAAUUAAAUAUUAUUAGUUUCAUUGUAUAUUGUGGUGCAAGUACCGAAGAUAUCUAAUCUAAUACUUCAAAUCUCAAGGUUAAAUCAGAAGAUUUACUGUAAAAAUGUUUCUGUAACAGCUGCCAAAAAUAGUAUA